UGAUGAACUUGAAGAAGCAUGGCGUGUUUUCACUCCACUUCUUCACCAAAUCGAAAAGGAAAAAAUUAAACCUAUUCCUUACAAGUUUGGCAGUCGUGGACCUUCUGAAUCUGAUGACCUUGUGAAGAGCAUGGGAUUCAUUUACAGUGAUACCUACCAGUGGGACAAGAAACCUAAUAACUAAAUCAGGGCAAGUUUGGCAAGAAUUCAUAACUAUCAUAGCACCAAAAACAGUGGACAUGCCAUCUUGAAGGAAUUGGUUAUGUGUAAUUUAUGUAUAGAUUGAUAUGUAAUGAAAUAAUCACAAAAAACUACAUGUAGGUUGAUAAUGAAAGGCUCAAGUACACCUGCAAACAUUUUUUACAAUUUUCUCACAUUCAAAAGAUAUUUGUUUUUUAACCAAUCGGAAAGCAAAACUACAGGUCAUUAAUACAAACAAGGCAAUCAAGAGUUCUUGGAUGCAUGCUUGAGAG